AUGAUUCAAAAGCCUUUCCAUGCCAAGUUAUCCGGAAAUGUCACAAUACGUAACCAUGGUAAGGCAAAUCUAGAGACCAAUGCUGUGAUAAACAAGGGAAAAUUAAACGAAAGCCUUCAGGAAGUUGGCUCGCGCAUAGGAAUACGAAUUUCAGCUCAACAAGAAGGAAACACAUAUUUGGUUGACGAACAAGGCUUGAUUGUCACUUCAAAGCUUAGGGACGGAGGUGUGUAUUAUAUCACUGAUGAAAAUUCACAAGAUGCAGGUUCAUCUGAAUUACAUAAAGUUGAGUCUAAUAUCAACACACCGCCUGACAUUUCUGUUGCAUGGGCUUUUGACAACCGAGUUUUGCUUCAUCAGCCAAACGACCAUCGCUCCCCGGAAACUCCUCAUCGCCUGAGGCGCGCCUUGGAUAUGCUAAAUCAGAUGGAGCACUCGAAUGAAAUACUUCCCCGAGAAUUGUUGACAUCACCUGGAAACGAUAAUACCGAAUGUCUUUCUGCUUGCAACAUUUCUAGCUUUAUAGCCUCACGUCUGGCAUCAAAUGACGAGAUCUUGGGCUUCCAUGACGCCAUUGUAUAUUCAGACUUUUUAGAAACUGGAAAGUCUCUAAGUAACUUACCACAAGAUGUGUAUUGUAAUGACGAGACCAGUAGAACCGCUGUUAAGCUAUCCGCUGCAGCAGUAAUUGAUACAUGCACUUUGGUCCUCCAAAAUGCAUUAAAAUGUGCUCGUGAAAAUUAUUGUGCUAAGAGUGAUCCACUUAUUGGAUUUUGCCUAGUACGACCUCCGGGACAUCACUGUAGAACAAAUAGGCCGGCCGGUUUUUGUCUUGUCAACAAUGUGGCAAUUGCAGCGAAACAGGUUCUUACUAAAUGCUCAGUUUUGGGUCAAACUCCUAGGAUCGCAAUCCUUGACUUGGAUGUUCAUUAUGGGGAGGGUACAGCAUCUUUCGUUGAUGAUUAUAGCCCUGAUAGCAACCAAUCCUUCCCGUUAAUGUACCUUUCCCUCCACCGUUUUGAUCAAGGAGGAUUUUACCCCUAUGACAAACGAGGUGCAAGUGAUUUUGUUGGAGUUAACCACACUGGUAGUAUAGUAAAUAUUGCUGUAAACACCAGUGCUCACGAGGCUGAGAACUGUUAUAAAGUAAUAUCAGAUUUUUUAUUUGAGAAGGCUAUGAAAGACAUCUUUAUACCAAAAUUGAAUCAAUUUAAACCUGAUUUGAUUAUUGUGUCCCUAGGAUUUGAUGCAGCUUAUGGUGACCCGUUGGGAAAAAUGGCAGUCGAGGGUGGUUUUUCGUUAGCAAUGAGCAUGCUAAAGCACUGGUGUAUGUAUGAUCAAAUCGACUGGUUUUCCUCAAUCUCAUCAACCUUGAACCCUCCAUCACGUAGACGCAAACCUGUCGCUCUUGUAUCUGUUCUUGAGGGAGGCUACAGUCCGGAGGCGGUUUCACAAGGCAUUGUGUCUGUUGCUUACGCCUUGUCAUAUCCUCCAUGGGACAAAAGAGUGCAACAGUAUUCGUAUCUCCAAGUACCCAAAACAUGGAAAGAUUUGCGUAAAAAGCAAGAGCGACGGUUAUGUGAAUUUGAUCAAAUUACUAAAGAACGUGAAGAUAUGAAUAAGGAUGUCAGCUUGCUUGAAAAGCCUAUUGAAUCGCCUCUGAUGGUUAGUGAUGAUGGUACACUGAUGAAAAAACAUCUAGAAUGGUGUGAAUCUGUAAUUAACGAAACAAUUCAACGCCAUCAAGCUGCCCUUUUUGAACAGCAGCAAGCUUGA